AUGAAAAGAUUCAAUGUAUCAUAUGUGGAAGUCACAAAAGAUGGGAAUACGAUAUCAAGUUGUUACGAUAGUAAUGAUGGUAACUUUGGCAGGAAUACGUAUGGUUCCAUUUUAAAUAAUUCAAUACCAACGCCUGAUAUUUUCCAUAAAUUAAUUCAUGAUAUGGUAUUACCUAAAGUGAUACCUGUCAUUGGCAACAAAGUUACAAAAGUAUCUCUGGAUCUAAUCGAUGGAUUUGAUUGUUAUUAUACUACUGACGAAGAUGACAAAGUUUUGAUUUGUUUCACACAAGUUGAUAUCCCUAAAAUCCUACCGAUAAGGUUACUUAGUGAAUUGAAAGGCGAGAAGAAAAAUAAUUAUUCCAAUAAUGAGCUAGGUGCCCAUGUGGGUAAAAUCUUGGAUGAGUUCCAUGAAGAACUAAUGUCAUAUAAAAACGAUAGUGGUCAAGAGGGCGAUACCACAGAAGAUGAUAUACAAGAUAUCAUUAAGAUAAUGAAUAAUAAUAUCGAUAAAUUUUUAGAAAGACAAGAACGAAUCUCUUUGUUAGUCGAUAAAACUUCUCAAUUAAAUGACAAUAGCCAUAACUUCAAAAAGAAGGCAGCAAGGAUAAAAGAACGAAUGUGGUGGCAGAGGAUGAAAAACACCACGCUAUUAAUGUUCGCAAUUAUUCUUACAAUCAGUGCCCUGUUUAUUUUUUUCUAUGUUAUUUAA